AUGAGACACCGUCAAGCACAUUCAGUUCGAGAAUGGAUAGACUAUAUCUCUAAGCUUGACUAUGCGCGAGCAGUCUCCCUGCUGAAAAAAGAGAAUGCUUUCCUUGCAGGCCAGGAAAUCCUCAAAAGAUAUCAUGACACAGCCAUCUGGACAAUUAUCUCGAAAGGGGCCGAGCUACUUGACCCGACAACGUUGCCUACUGCUUCUCCAUUUUGCCAUCCGCUCGUUUCGACGAGAAAUAGAUUUUGGACGGCACACGCCCCUUCCCGUCGUUGA